GCCCCUGUGUGAGCUGCGACCGUCUGUAGCUCUCCUGUGCUCCUGCAGGAGGCAGUGUAGCGGGUGUUUCUGUCCAUGGUGCUGAAGAUUCGGCUGGCUCUGUCCGGGGUGCUGAAAAGCUCGGGGCUGCUGGGCUCAGUCUGAGGCUGCUGCUAUACUGAUCCAGUCCUUCCGCAGUGUUUUGGCGGUGAGCUGUGGUUGCAGUCCCUGUAGAAGGUCUAUCUGCCAGUCCGGAGAUGUCGAAGCGGAGGGGGAGGGGAGCGUAAGAAAAUGAGUUCAAAGGUCAGACACUGAGCCAGUGGUGGACCAGGGGAAAGCAAUCAACCAGCAACAAAAUGAGCCAAGACACUGCAGAGACACGAACACGAACCCGCUCCAAAGGAAGCCGGGUGUCGUCAGACCUUGUGGGCCAAGAGAUGAAGCAGGAGUUAAAUAGCAGCUGUCCCACCCCUGGAUGUGAUGGCAAAGGCCACGUCAGUGGAAGAUACUCUCGACAUAGAAGCAUACUGGGAUGCCCAAUAGUGAAGAAAAGGAAGCUGGAGGAGGCGGAAGCUGAGGAGAACCAGUCUGCUCCCAAGAGGAGGAACCAGCCUGCCACAGAAGCAGGAGACGAAGGCUUCAAUGCAGACAGUGACGCAGCAGAAGAGGAGGAAGUACAGAAAGAGGAGAAAGAGGAGGAAGAGGAGGAAGACGACAACGAUCUCAAAGAGAAGAAGAAAAACGAAACAAAAUGCAGCCCAGAGUCAACGAAAACAGACUGCUCACUGGUGACAACAGAGGACACAGAAACAGCAGUUUGUCCUCUGGCUGAAGUUGGCGACAAUGAAAGCUUCACUUCGGAGACUGAGAACGAAACGGAAACGGAGAGAACUACUGAGGAAGUGAAGCCAGUAACAGACACUGAUGAGCAUCAGCAGGAGGAAACAGAGACCAAGGAGGAGGAGCAGGAGGAGGAGGAAGGUCAGCUGGUGACAAAGGACCAGUCAUCAGAGCAACCUGAAGAAGAAACGGGGGUUACAGAGCUUAAAGAAACAAAAGAAGACGAGGAAGAAGAAGCAAAUGAAGAAAAGGAAGAGGAAGAGCAGCAGCAAAGGCAAGAGAAUAUCGUAGAAGAAAAGACAAUAGAAAGACAUAUGAUGAGUCAGGAAAACUCUGAUCACCAGUACUCCAGUGGAGAUUACAACCAUCAGGCCAAAGAAUCAAAAGAGGACCAGAGUGAGAGGGAGGAAGAGGAGGAGGAGGAAGAGGAGGAGGAGGAAGAGGAGGAGGAGGAGGAGGAGGAGGAAGAGGAGAGGGAGGUCUACCAAGAGAUUGAUGCUCCUUACACUUUGAGUCCACGCACUCAGGGAUCUGAGGCUGAGCUGUCACUCAGGGAAGAAAAGGUCAGCACUCCUAUGACUGAGGAAGAGGAGGAUGAAGAUGAAAGAGAGGAAGAGGAGGAUGAGAGGCAGAGGAAGGAAGUAGGCAAGGUGGUGGAGGAGGAAGAGGAGGACCGGGACUCAAGCAAAGCCUCUCCGGCAACAGUGGUUAUAGAAGUCCGCUCAGAGGAGGAUGAUGACGAGGAUGAUGAUGAGGAGGAGGAGGAGGAAGAAGAGGAGGAGGAGUAUGAAGGAGAGGAGCAGGAUCGUGUCUCAGAGGGCUCAGGAAUCACGGACGACUCCGAGAACUGGGAUAUGACUCGAGGGAACCUGGGGCUGCUGGAGCAGGCCAUCGCCCUGAAGGCGGAGGAGGUGAAGGGGGGGCAGGAGGCCCGGAGCUCCCCGGACUACCAACCAUACAGCACCUCCAGCAAGAGCUCCGAGCCUGCUGCUGUAGCCCGCCGCACUGCUCACUACAGCAAAGAGAAGAAGGAGGUGAAGUGUCCAACCCCAGGGUGUGACGGUACAGGUCAUGUGACUGGGCUGUACCCUCACCAUCGCAGCCUUUCUGGAUGUCCUCACAAAGACCGAAUCCCUCCAGAGAUCCUGGCCAUGCAUGAGAACGUCUUGAAGUGUCCGACUGCUGGCUGCACAGGCCAAGGCCAUGUCAACAGUAACCGCAACACACACCGCAGUCUGUCCGGCUGUCCGAUCGCAGCAGCAACUAAGCUGAACAAGAGCCAGGACAAGCAGGUCCAUUUACAGGCUUCACCCAGCGAACCCUCUUCCAACUCUGACAGAGUGCUCAGGCCCAUGUGCUUUGUGAAACAGCUGGAGAUCCCUCAGUACGGCAGCUACCGGCCCAACACAGUGACCACCACACCUCGAGCUAACCUGGCCAAGGAGCUGGAGAAAUACUCCAAGGUGUCUUUUGACUAUGCAAGCUUUGAUGUCCAGGUGUUUGGAAAGCGUAUGCUCAUUCCAAAGACACCCAGCAGCACUGAAACAUCACCCAAAGCCUUGAAAUCUAAAUCAUUCCCUAAGGCCUCCUCCCCCAGUCACAGUGUGUCAGGAGGCUUUUCUAUGAGCGCCUCGUCCUCCAGUAGUUAUGACUACAGCCAAGAUGCAGAGGCAGCCCACAUGGCAGCAACAGCCAUCCUCAACCUGUCCACCCGCUGCUGGGAGAGACCAGAGACCAUCAGCACCAAGCCCAGGGAACCCUGCUCCAAGGAGUCGGACAUUGAAGUGGAUGAAAACGGCACCUUGGACCUCAGCAUGAAGAAGACCAAGAGGGAGGGUGUGCAGCCUCCAGAGCCUUCGUCCUCCUCCUCGUCAUCCUCUCAACACAUCGGAGCCACCCUGUCUCAGAGCAACACUCAGCCUGAGUGGGAGGGGCCGCUGGACUUCACCAAGUCCAGUGGAGUCAAAGAGGAAGACCAUGAAGAGGUGGAAUACACGGCUCCUUCAUACACCUCCUCUGAUGGUGAGGAAGAGGACCAGGAGAACCUGGAAGACAGAAAGUACCCCGGUGAGGUCACCACCGGCAGCUUCAAGGUCAACUUUCAGCCCAAAGACAGCAAAAAGGAGAUUCUUAUAUGUCCCACCCCAGGCUGUGAUGGCAGUGGACACAUCACUGGCAACUACGCAUCACACCGAAGUCUGUCAGGCUGUCCUCUUGCUGAUAAAUCACUUCGGACCCUCAUGGCUGCCCACACAGCUGAACUAAAGUGUCCCACUCCAGGUUGUGAUGGAUCAGGCCACAUCACAGGAAACUACGCUUCACAUAGAAGUCUGUCCGGAUGCCCUCGAGCCAAGAAAGGCGGGGUCAAAUCAACCCCCACCAAAGAUGACAAGGAAGACUCUGAGCUCUUGAGGUGUCCGGUUCCUGGCUGUGACAGCCUGGGCCACAUCAGCGGGAAGUAUGCCACCCACCGCAGUGCCUACGGCUGUCCGCUGGCAGCCCGCCGGCAGAAGGAAGGUCUCCUUAACGGCACUCCCUUCUCCUGGAAGGCCUUCAAGACUGAGGGACCAACCUGCCCGACGCCAGGCUGCGACGGCUCCGGCCACGCUAACGGCAGUUUCCUGACACACCGCAGUCUGUCAGGUUGUCCCAGAGCAACGGCCAACAAGAAGAGAUCCAAAUUCCCCGGAGACGAGUAUAUCACUGCAAAGUUCAGAGCCAGUGAUGUUCUUGACAACGAUGAGGACAUCAAGCAGCUCAACAAGGAGAUCAACGAGCUGGGCGAGUCCAACACAGAGAUGGAGGUUGACAUGAUGAACCUGCACACUCAGAUCUCUUCAAUGGAGAAGAACCUGAAGAGCAUGGAGGAGGAGAACAAACAUAUCGAGGAGAGGAAUGAGGCCUUAUUCCUGGAGCUAUCCGGCCUGAGUCAGGCCUUGAUCCGCAGCCUGACCAACAUCCGCCUGCCUGCCAUGCAGGAGCCGCUGUCAGAGCAGAACUUUGACAGCUAUGUGGACACCCUGACCCACAUGUUUACCAAUAAAGACUGCUACCAGAACCCUGAGAACCGGGCUCUGCUCGAGUCCAUCAACAAGGCAGUGAAGGGCAUCGAGGUGUGACGGACAGGAGGAGGACAGGGAGCGGGACAUCACAGUGACUACACCAAUCUUUCUUUCCCAACCCUUUAGAUACUGUAUGUAAUUAAUUCUUCUCAUUUGGAACUUUGUCAUCUGUUCUUUGCAUUAGUUUGCUGUUUGCAUGUUGCUUUAUGAUGGUAUGAGCGUGAACAGAUUAGGGUGUGGACGUAAAGCGUGGUACAACACUGGAAUGAAACUGUUACUGUAAGCAAGGGCAUCUCAAGGUAUACGCAGAUAGGCAAGAGUACAGAACAAAGUCAGGAGUGCAGUAUACAGCCUGAGCUGAGCAGACUCUCUUAGUUAGUGAACAUAUUCCAUCUCCACUUAAUAAUGUUGAUAGUAUUCUACUGUAUAUGAGCAUAGUGAUGUUGCACCUCCAGGACUAGUUUGUAGAUUCAUUCUUACUAUUGCUGUGUAACUAGUUAAAUCCUUUGCAAAUGUUGGUUUAAUAACUUAUUCAUUCAUGUCUGCUGUAUUAUUUUUUAUGUAUGCCUAUUUAUUAUUCAUUAUAUAUUUAUUAUUUUUUUUAUUUCCAAAUGCUACCUGAGAAGAUUUUAAACGGUAACCAAGAGAAGGGAAUCAUUUCCUCUGCAUUGUGCAAAGAGGAAAUAUUUUAAGAUAUCAACUAUAAAUUGUUUUAUAUAUCUUAUUAUUUAUUUAAAAUACUGGGAUCUUUUUAAGUGCAAAUAUUUUGUAACUGAAAGUUUUUUAAUCAUUUUCUAAAAAAGCUUCUGUUUAUAUUAUUUCCCUUUUUAUUUUCACAAACUAUUUUGAGUACAUUGCAAUACACUGGGAAUAUUGAGCUACACAUAUUUGGUAUUUAUUUGGUGAUGAAGAACAAAGUGAUGGUGAAUAUUUAUUUUGUAUUGUCUGUGUGUUAAUGAUGGCUGUGUAAGGAUUAGUCUUUAACUUACUCUUGAAAUAAAGGUUAACCCACAGUAUAUGUGGACUGGACC